GAAGCGCACGCGCUGCUGGCCGGCGCAUCAGGUUCCAGGCUCUCUGAGCGGCUGCUCUCGCGCUGCAGGCACAGCAGCACAGGUUCACGCUCCGCCGCGAGCAUGAUUCGCCGUGGCAGCGCAGAGCUUGCGGCAUCGGGCCUGGUGCCGGGCGCGCGCGCGGCGAUCUCACCUCUCCUCCUCCAUCCUUCACUGUUCAUGCCGACGCCGACGUCGCAUCGCAUCCGUCAAGCCGUGAUCCCGCUGUGCAUGCUCGCGCAAGGGUCCUUCCGCUUGGCGCCGGGGUUGAGAGCCACAGUCCAUUCGCCACGCUCUCGCUGUACACAGCGUGGCCUGGCACGUCUCUGUCCGAGCGGCGACUCUCGAGGAGAGAACUGCUUGCCAGACCUCGAGCGCAGCUCGACGGCCGCUGGCCAUGUCUGCUGCCUUGCGGCCCCCGCGCAUGUGAAUGUGGGGCUAGAGGGACGAGUGUCGCCGGCGCUGACAGGACCUGGCCUCCGGAAGGACAUCUCAGAGGCCACUCUGCUGCUCACCGCAUGGAUCAGUGCGCGGGAGACUCAUGCUGCCGUGACAGCAGCGCCAAGUCCUGCUCGCCAUGGGCUCCCCGCUGCAUGCGCAGGCUGUCUAUCGGCCGUUAGAGAGCCGCCACGCGUGCACGCUGGCUCGGCUGGCAGAGUAGCCGCAUGCCGAGCGUGCUCGCUUUGCGGCACUCUUGCCCUGCGCACACCAUCUUCCCGUGAGAGCUCGCAGCGUCGGGCGCGCGCUGCCGCUGAGCGCUGCCAGGGGCCGGCCUCGAGCAGGUUGCUACACGCUCCCGGCAUGCGGCUGCGGGCUCGCGUGCUGCUCCAGCUGCUGCACGGGCAACGGCUUCCACGCGGUCGACCGUCCACGGAUGCGGCCAGCGACCGAUGCUGCAUCUGCACGCUGGCAGGUGCAGGUGCAGAAGGCUCGACAGCCAGCCGUUCAGCCGGCGCGGCAUCGACGCCUCCAGCGCGCAGUUGCAGAACCAAGCUAGCAGACCGCGCCAUUGGCCUGAGAGCAAAAGUCGGGCUGCAGCAGGCCCCGUCCGGAAAGACGCCGCAGCCCCAGGGGCAGGCAGCAAGUCUGGCACCAGCGAUCCCGUCUGAUCUCGGGUGCCGUCGCAGCACAACGCCGAGUGCGGGGCGUGCAGGUUGCCGACAGUGCGGUACUCGGACUGCGCUCUGGCGAGCGACCUGCGAGCUGCAGGGUGCAAAGCCGCUGGAGCCGCUGGAGCCACGUCCUGCCGCGCUGCUGCCCGCUCGUGCGAGCACCCGCUUAGCGUGGACGUCGCUCAUGGCUGCAGUGCUGGGAACACGCUGAGAGCAACUUAUCAUCAGCGACGCCAGCGCCAAGCUAGUGUCUGGCGUCGUAUGAGAGGCCUGCCACGGUCGCUGUCGGCUGAGCCCAAGUAGAUGGUGUGUGCUGUGCUCGCGACGCCGCGGUCAGUGCCACCAGCAUGCAGGCCUGCUCCCUGC